AUGGCGGCGGCGUAUCCUAGCCAGGAACAUCGCCCGAUAAAGAAGUCGCGGCUGGGACCCCCAGACGUCUACCCUCAGGAUCCUAAACAAAAAGAGGAUGAGCUGACUCAACAAAAUGUAAAGCAUGGCUUCCAGCUAGGAACCUUGGUGCCAGACGAGUGCAGCACUUUUUACAACAGCGUGUUAAAAAAGAAAACUGAAUUAAACACACUUCAGGACAGUAAGAACAAAAAAUUCCAGCUGCCAGUCAAGGAGAAUUUCUGGCCUGCAGCCUGCAGUAAGUCUUCCACGGAAGCAUGGUUCAAAGAUCUUGCUGGAAGCAAACCUUUGGCCUCUCUUAGUCGCAAGGUACCAACAUUCAACAAGAAGGAGGAGAUAUUUUCCACCCUGUGUGAAUAUUCUGUGUCCAAUGUCCGCGCUGCUUGGUUCAUCAAAAUGACUGCUGCACACAACAUGGGAACUCAGGAUUCCAGAAAUCGUAGAAAGCUGUCUAUAGACCAGUGCAUGGACUGGACGCAAGCACUGACCAAGUUCCUAAAGGACCAGCUGCAGAAGAUUCAAGAUUACUUUACUGAGACUUCCAGCACGCCGAUGACCACCCCGUUUCUGUUGGCACCGUCUCCAAAUACGUCUAAAGUAGACCUGGAUCAGGCCAUGAAGAACUGGGCCUACUGUACGAGAUUUGCCAACCAUAUGUACGAGGAAAAUUUGUUUGAUCGCCAUGAGUUCCUGAGCUGGUUAAUUGAACUUCCUGACAAAAUGAAGCAGGCAGACGAUGUUGUUCUCAAGCUAAUUUUGGUGCAGCUGAAUUUGUAUUCAUCUGAUAUUUGCAAGUCUGUCAUUUUGGCGAGAAGACUGGCCACAGUUUGUGGGCGGAAGAUCACAGUUCUUGUAGCAGAGAUGGACCACAUGAUGGGUAGAAAUGACCCAAUGAUUAAUGCUAAUGGCACCCCACUAAACCCUGCCCAGGCCAUCAACACAACCAUCCAGAUGUCGCUGCUGAACGCCAUGUCCGAGUUCAAGGAGUGUCAGAGCCACCGCUUCAUCGUGCUGCAGCUGUGUGCCCUAGCCCAGAUCAUCACCAUCAAAUGCCCUACAGCCAUGGUAUGGAACUCCCUUGGAGACAGCAAAAGCAACUCCUUCCUAGUGGGCUCCCCACUGGAUCUGUUUCCUUGUGCCCCCAGCAGUCUCCCCAUGCCUCCUGGUAGUAACAACCAAUAUAUACGAAGUCAGCUGAAAAUUGGGGAACAACAGGUUGUAGCCAGGAGUAUAGCAGCAGAGGCACACUGGUCCUCUGAUAAAUGCCAACAGUCAACUGCAGGUUAUGUGAUGAACAAAGUGCUGAAAGUCCUGGACAUCCUCGACCAACAUAACUUUGAUAUUGUAGACAAUACUUACAAUAUGGACUCGCUGUACAUCAAGAUCUUCAGCAUUACCAACAGCAAGGAGAUGGGAGAGACACCUAUCGGAGAUGAGCCAAUCAUUAACCUACUGGUAGACUGGGCUGUGAGCACCCAGCGGGUGGGAGACCACAGAUGUAUUGUGGCAGCUCUCCUCUUGGAACGGCGGCAGGCUGAGAUUAGAAGCGAGAAAUAUGGAGACAUGGACUGCUCUGAUGAUAAGGAGGGGCUCCACCCAGAUCCGGGUACAGCAACUCCUGUUUUCCAGUCUUUGCUGAUGAGUUUUCUGGACAGCAGGGCUCCUGUAUUGGAGGAGCACCCAACAGAUGAAGCUCGGCAGGCUUUCAAAAAUCUUAUAGCUUUAUUCAAUGAGCUAAUUGUCCAUGAUGUGUUCUCCCAUGAUGCCUACAUGCACAUGCUGAUCUCCCGAGGGGACCUGGGCCUGGCUCCAGCUUACACCACUCCGCUGUCGGACAGCGAUGAUCUGUUCAGCGUCAAGAGCCAGCCGGAGAGUCUCAAGCAUGAUAUGACACUGGGAGAUGAUGAAAUCAAAGUGGUCAUGGACAUCCAUACAAUGGCCGAGAAUGUCGAUAGCUUCUUUGGUUCCAUGAAAGAAGAGUCCAAACCCAGUCCUGAGCAGCCAGCGUCUGUGAAAUCCAUUAAAUCGGAGAAGGACCAGCCCCUGGGAAGUGUAGGAGACUUUAGCACCAGUGCUGCAGCCCAGCCACCAGUGCCAAAGGGCCCUUCAAGACACAUGGUGUAUGCCACCCAUUUCCCGAUUCCACAGGAUGACUGCUCCAGCCACGAGAUCAACCAAAGAAUGAUCGUCUUGUAUGGGGUGGGCAAAGCACGGGAUGAUGCUCGCCACAUGUUCAAGAAAAUCUCAAAGGAAAUAGUAAAGCUCUUCGGCAAAAGAAACUGUAUAGAUGUUACUAGUGGAGAUUUGGGCAAGGUGAAGAAGAAGAAAGAAAAAGAAGCUAAGGAAGGGGAAGUUACUGUUACACCAUCAAUGUCCAAUACAGCCAUAGCAACACCAAACUUUGACAGCCUGCAGCAGAAGUUCUCCAAACUGUCCUACUUUGAUCAGCACCAAGUCACCGCCCAGUGCACAUCUGCUGUUCUAGACCAGAUAAAGAGUUUUACAGCUGGCAACUCAAGUUAUCUUCCCCUUGGAGACAAUAUCUCCUUUUUGUUUGAUCUCAUGCAGUCAGCUCUGAACAUCAGCGGGUUAAUGGACUUUAUUAUCAGGCUGCUGAAGGAUCUUGUUGAAGUGGAGAAGGAGCUGCAUCAGAAGGAGUCUUUUCUCAUGAUGACUUACACCACAGAAGUCUGCCUCAACAUUGUUGCUGUCCUGCGCAAGUAUCAUUCCUACUUGCUGAGCCCACUAGGAUUGAGUUCUGAACUCUUUAUUGGGCUGACUGACAUUCUCAAGGUAGUCAAUGUCUGUAAUCCCAUCUACUGCUCCACUGCCGAAAGAUGUGUUCUCACCUACCUCUAUGAUAUCUACACCACAUGCGCACCUCUUCAGAUGAGACACUCCGAGAUCUUCAACCCAGCAUACACGAAGAUGAAGGCCACCUUGUUUGCCCAGAUAACUCCAUCCUCUACCAACGCCAAGUGGGAUCAAAAUGAAAUGAAGGAAAUCAUCAAAUCUGCUAAAUUGCCGGAGGAACCCCACAAACUACACAAAAGCCUGUGUGACUGUGCUGCCACACGAUACAGUUUUGUCUGUAAUGUCUUGCUGGAAGUUGUCUCCACCCCUGCUGAGAACCUCCGUGACAUGACUGACCUUGUUGUGCUAUGUGCUGAAUUGACUGCCCAUUGUAACGCCCUCAGCCAGGAAUGGCUAGGAGUACUCAAGGCACUGUGCUGCUCGUCGCAACAAGAUCUCGGCUUCAUAGAUGUGCUCACCACAAUAGAUGUUGGGGAUCUGUCCAUCCAUGACUCGCUAGCUGUGUUCACUGCCAUGCUGAUAGCUCGCCAUUGCUUUUCUCUGCAAGACUUUGUUUACCACGUGGCCCUGCCAUCUCUCAUGGCUGUCUGUUGUCCAGAAGGAGAUGCUGAAGCGGAACCAGGAGCUCGCCUGUCUUGUCACUUACUUCUAAGGCUGUUUAAACCAUCCUACCUCAUUGCCUCUCACUGUGGUUUAUCUGGAGUGAAAAACCCGCCCCUCAUACGUAACUCCUGUGACAGGCAUCUUUUGGAAGCAGCACAUCUCUUUAUCGGAGUGGGACCAAUGCUUGCUGUCCUGAAGGCCAUGCUGAAACUAGCGGAUGAGUCAAAUGAUGAUUCCUCUAGCAAGGGAGGUUCCGGUAGCUCGAAGGAUAAGACUGGAAUGUACUUUGCCAAUCUGUUACGCCAGAUAGGUAAUGAGGAUGAGAUGGAAGCUAUGCUCAGUGCGAGCUCAGGAGGACAAAGUGGCAAGGAUGGACUGGGAAGCGGAAGUCUCAGUGAAUUUGCCAAGAGGGCCCUUUCCGAGAUUUGUCGCCAGGACUGGGUGCGAGAGAAAUUCCUUCGCAAUCCAGAAAAAUUGUUUACCAGCGACUUGCUGAAUGACCCCAUUUUGUCUUAUCGGCAGGCCCAGCAGUUGCUACAGAUGAUCUGCUACCCAAGUGGUGUGCCCAACCAGGUGGAAGGAUGUGACCCUGAGAGCAAGCAUGUCAUACAGAGAGUAUUGCAGACCCUUGACCAGUGGACAUUGAGAGUCUCCUGGCUGGAGCUACAACUCUUGUUUGAGAGGUCACCCUCACAGUCAGAAACCAAUAACCUGCUGGAUUUGGUGUCCCGUGGAACUAUAGACCUGUUUUAUCAGCUGACAGAAAACCAAGGCAUGUCGGAUGUGCCCAUGACCCUGCCGCAGGAGCACAAGCCGAGUUCAGAAAACACAAUCUGGUUGGUGGCUCCAUUAAUUGCCAAGUUGCCAGGAGCAAUUCAGGGGCGAGUGCUGAAGCUGGCAGCUCAAGUUCUGGAGAGCGGCAACAAUUUGUUUGUCACCACCAAGAACAAACAGGAGAAAGAGAAGAAUUUGAAAAGUAAGUCACUUCUUGGCCACCAGCCGUUUCUGUCGCUGGUGUUGAGCUGUUUGAAAGGUCAGGAUGAACAGCGGGAGUUCUUGCUGAGGUCCCUGCUGAACCAGCUGGAGAUGUUCAUCAACAAUCCCAAAGAUGUCAUGGACAAGGUAGCAGAGGACAGCAAGCUUAGACAAAACCUCCAUGAGGACCUGCAGCUCAGACUGUCCCUGGUGGGCGGUAUGUUUGACAUGAUACAGCGGAAUAAUGCUGCAACUAGUGACUGGGCACUGAUCCUUGUCCAGCUGGUCAGUCAUGAGGUCAUAGAAUGUCAGGUUAACAGUGAACUAUUUCUGACCAUAGUGGACAUGUUGUCAGUCCUUAUUCAUGGAACCUUGCUGUCUGAAGGACAGGAGAAAGGAGAUGAGAACCGAAAGUCCUACUUUAACCUGAUCAAGAAAGUUAGG